AGAGAGAGAGAGAGAGAGAGAGAGAGAGAGAGAGAGAGAGAGAGAGAGAGAGAGAGAGAGAGAGAGACUGGCUGGGGUUGUCUAUGGUUAGGUGUAACGUUUGCUCUCUCGGUGCCGUUGUUACAUGUGUGAGGAAGAGGGAAAGGGGGGAGGCUGAUAACUGGGCUUUAAUGGCGAGAUCGGCACCCGAAAGCGCUGCGCUCCGAUGGGGUCGACGGGGAUGAAAUGAUGCUGAUGAUGAUGUUUAGCGUUUACUCCCAACGAUGACAACGCUCUCCUUUACCUGAAGUUCGAACCCAGUGGGUAGAAGACUCUCCUCCAUGCCCACCCUUCCUUUUAUCCAAUCUGGUCCCUGUAACCCAACUGCUUUCCCCUCCUACUUUUAUCCCACCUGAGACCACACCCUGCUGCUCCACCCAAAUGUACCCAAGCCAAGGAUUUUGAACAGCACAUACUUAGAGCCAAUCAGGAACCUUGAAGCCAUUCAGGAAAUAGCAACACAACUCAUGAUCUACCUGAACACUGAGGAAAAAUAAGGAAAAAGCUGUGGAUAAUUAACUUGCAAGGACGAAAACGAGAGAAAAUUCUGAUAAACUGGCAGUACGUGUCUACCUUUGAAGAAGAGCACAGCAAUUAGGAUAUUUCACCAAGCUGUAGAAGAAAGCAGAAAAGUUUGAAUAGAGGUUGAAAAGGCACAGAAAAGUGUACCAUUCAUGCAUGCACACUCACAACACAUACACACCAAUCACUUAAACUGAAUGUGCACCACAAACUGAGUACACACAAAAUAAAACAAACCUGCAAUACUCGACACAACACUAUAUAGACAGCAAACUCCCACUGCAUGCCACACACAUUCCCACAUACACAUUACAGACUGUUAAGGCACACAUUCUUACCACAGACCACACACAAUUAUCACACACCAUAAGACGCUACACAAUCCUACACUAAGCAAAUGCUCAUAUAGACACCCGCAUAUGAACAACAAGCUGCCAUACACUCUCAGGCACAAAAACACCACCGGAUCCAACGCAUAAGCAGUCCCACACUCUGAUUCUCACAAAUUCCUCUUGUAGGGACCACACGUACACAAAGUCACCCCUUAACCUCCCUCUCGCUAUCAGAUAACAAACUCUUGCACGUGUUCACACACUCCACGGCAUCAAGAUGAUGUGUGAGGUGAUGCCCACCAUCUCUGAGGACGGGCGGGGAGGUGGAGGAGGAGGCCCAUCCUCUCCUGCUGGAGGAGGUGGGGGUAUGGGGGGCGGCGCAGGGGGCAUGGGUGGUGGGUAUGGGGGCAGGGAGGCCCGUGGUGGAGAUGAAGGGGGGAGCACUGGAAAUCUGGAGUCUCUGAUGGUGAACAUGCUGACGGAGAGAGAGCGGCUGCUGGAGAGUCUCAGAGAGACCCAGGAGAGUCUCGGCACAGCACAGCUACGUCUGCGAGAGCUGGGUCAUGAGAAGGACUCGCUACAGAGGCAACUCUCCAUCGCACUGCCACAGGAGUUUGCUGUUUUGACCAAAGAGCUGAAUGUAUGUCGGGAGCAGCUGCUGGAGAGAGAGGAGGAGAUUGCUGAGCUCAAGGCGGAGAGGAACAAUACACGGCUGCUUCUGGAGCAUCUGGAGUGUCUGGUAUCUCGACACGAGCGUUCUCUGAGGAUGACUGUGGUAAAGAGGCAGGCUCAAUCUCCUGCUGGAGUCUCCAGUGAGGUGGAGGUGCUCAAGGCCCUCAAGUCUCUUUUUGAACAUCACAAAGCCCUGGAUGAAAAGGUGCGUGAGAGAUUGCGUGUGGCUUUAGAGAGAGUCGCUGUUCUAGAAGAAGAGCUGGAGGCGUCCACAAAUGAGGUCCUGUCUUUGCGGGAUCAGAUUAAAAGGAGAGAACGGGGUUUGGACAAUGGAAAGGAGCGGCUCCCGAACGGACCCUCCUCCAUCUUGGAUGAUGGAGAGAUUGACAGACAGAGAGAGGGAGAGAUAGAGAGACAGAGAGCAGAGCUUUCACAGUUGAAAGAGAGAUUGGCUCUUAUGUGCAGACAAGUUGGAGAAAUCGAGGAACAGCUCACAACCGCCAGGAGGGAAUUAGCUAAAUCUGAGGAAGCCAAUCAGAAGCUUCAAAGGGAUGUCAAAGAGGCACUGUGUCAAAGAGAGGACAUGGAAGAAAGGAUCACCACUUUAGAGCGCAGGUAUCUCAGUGCCCAGAGGGAGGCAACCUCUCUCCAUGACAUCAAAGACAAGCUGGAGAACGAGCUUGCCAGCAAAGAAUCUUUAUACAGACAGAGUGAAGAGAAGAAUCGGCAGCUCCAGGAGCGUCUGGAUGAUGCUAAGCAGAAGCUCCAGCAGACCCUACAGAGGGCUGAGACACUGCCUGAGAUCGAGGCCCAACUCGCCCAGAGGGUGGCGGCACUCAAUAAGGCUGAGGAACGCCAUGGCAACUUUGAGGAGCGACUGAGGCAGUUGGAGGCACAACUGGAAGAAAAGAACCAGGAGUUACAGAGGGCGAGGCAGAGGGAGCGGAUGAACGACGAACACAACAAGCGUCUCUCUGACUCAGUGGACAAGCUUUUGUCAGAGUCCAAUGAGAGACUUCAGCUGCACCUGAAAGAGAGAAUGGCUGCACUGGAGGAUAAGAACGCUCUUUCUGAGGAACUUGCAAACAUGAAGAAGAUCCAAGAUGAUCUCUUAGCAAACAAGGAUCAACUAAUUGCUGAGCUCGAGAGGCUUCAGCUAGAGCUGGACCAGCUGAGAGGAAGACCUGGUUCCUCUUACUCACGAUCUCUUCCAGGAAGUGCCCUGGAGCUGAGGUACUCUCAAGGAAGUGGGUCACUUCCUGCCGGCUCCACCACCCACCUAGAUCAUUAUGGAAACACAGGCACAGGAGGCGUGGUCAGACGGGCUCAUCGCGGGCGCUGGGGUGGAGCAAGGGAGGAAACCAGCAAGUACGGUGACUGGGACGGUGGAGCUCUGUUGGGGACUGGCUUUGAGGGCGGCGUGGAGGACAGGUGUUCUGAUGAUGAAGAGGAUCGUGAGACGCUUUUCGGCCCAGAGCUGCUCUCUCCAAGCGGGCAGACAGAUGUGCAGACUCUUGCUAUCAUGUUGCAGGAGCAGCUGGAGGCCAUCAACAAAGAGAUUAAGUUGAUUCAGGAAGAGAAGGAAAGCACAGAGCUUCGCGCAGAAGAGAUCGAGAGUCGGGUCAGCAGCGUGGCUCUGGACGGCCCUCCCAUCCCCCCUAACUCUCUUGGGCGGGACAGCACUGGGCGUGGCUUCAUCCCCCCAUCCCUCACAUCCUCCACCCUGGCAUCACCCUCUCCACCCAGCUCUGGGCACUCAACUCCCCGCCUGCCCCACUCUCCUGCACGCGAGACAGACAGACAGAACAACAAAGAAGACGAUAGGUCCCUGGCCCUGUUGGACUCCACCCCUCCUCCCACUCCUCGUGCGCUGCGAUUGGACAGGAUGACACACACUCACCCUGGUGCUAUGUUGGACGACAGUCGUGAAUUCCGCAGCCUCUCAGCUGAUGGCAGCAGUUCAAACAGCAGCCAAGACUCCCUCCACAAGGCCAGCAAAAAGAAAAGCAUUAAGUCUUCCAUUGGCCGGCUCUUUGGGAAGAAGGAUAAAGUCAGAAUGGGUCAGCCUGGGCGUGAGUCAACAUCUCUGGCCUCCACCCCCUCAGAUGACCUGGGCUCUGUGGAUCCCCUCGGGCUCACUAAGAUGGCCGGUCCAGUGGACAAGGAUCGUCGUAGCAAGAAAAAACAUGAACUGUUGGAGGAGGCAUGCCGACAGGGCCUGCCCUUUGCAUCCUGGGAUGGACCCACUGUUGUCUCCUGGCUGGAACUGUGGGUGGGCAUGCCAGCAUGGUAUGUGGCAGCAUGUCGUGCUAAUGUGAAGAGUGGAGCUAUAAUGGCUAACCUAUCAGACACAGAGAUCCAGAGAGAGAUCGGCAUCAGUAACCCUCUGCACCGCCUCAAACUGAGACUGGCCAUUCAGGAGAUGGUGUCCCUGACCAGCCCCUCUGCCCCGGCCAGCACACGCUCUUCAACCAGUAACGUGUGGAUGACCCAUGCUGAGAUGGAAUCCCUGACUGCAGCUACCAAACCAGAGCUGAAAGAGAUUAGCUGGGAUCAGAUCCUGGCCUAUGGAGAUAUGAACCAUGAGUGGGUGGGCAACGAUUGGCUGCCGAGUCUGGGUUUGCCCCAGUACAGGAGCUACUUCAUGGAGUCACUGGUGGACGCUCGUAUGUUGGACCAUCUGACCAAGAAAGAGCUACGUGGGCAGCUCAAAAUGGUGGACAGUUUCCACAGGGUGAGCCUGCAUUAUGGCAUCAUGUGCCUGAAGCGCCUCAACUAUGACCGCAAGGAGCUGGAGAGGAGGAGAGAUGAGAGCCAGCACCAGAAUAAAGAUGUGAUGGUGUGGUCAAACGAGCGUGUGAUGUGCUGGGUGCAGUCUAUCGGCCUGAAGGAGUAUGCAGAUAAUUUGACAGAGAGUGGAGUGCAUGGAGCCCUGCUCGCACUGGAUGACACCUUUGAUUAUACUGAUCUCGCACUGCUCCUGCAAAUACCCAACCAGAACACACAGGCACGACAACUUCUGGAGAAAGAAUAUAACUCUCUUAUCACCAUGGGAACAGAGAGGAGGCCAGACGAGGAUGGCACUAAGACAUUCACCCGCUCUCCGUCCUGGAGGAAGAUGUUCCGCGAGAAGGAUCUGAGGGGGGUGACCUCUGAUUCCUCAGAGACCCUGCCUGCUAAUUUCCGUGCCUCAGCCAUCUCUACACCCUCAGUUACCCUGAGGAAGGUCCAGAGCGAUGCAUCUCCAAGGGCAGAAUCUGGCUCAGUGAGGACCUACUCCUGUUGAGGGACUGCAAAGGAGGCGCUGUCAUCAGAGAGCUGGAACCGGCUUUACAUUUCAUUCAAGGGGAGGAGGGGGGAUAAGCAGAAAAAAAAAGCAAUGAAUAUAUACAUUUAUAAAUAUAACUCUACUGGUCUGACCAUUCUGCAAUAACAGAAGAGGAGAAGAAAAGAGGGAUGGAGAAGAAAGAGAAAAAAGACAUGAAGAAUGUGUGACACGGAGAGUGUGGUAAGAAAUGGGAUGGUUGGAGGAAUCGGACUGUUUAAUCUUUCUUUCUGUCGUUCUCUCUUCUCACUUCCUGUGUCUGUGCUGAUGGGACAUUUGUAGAUGGACUCUCUCGUCUUUCCAUCUUUUGUUUCAGUGGAGAUGCCUACAGCCCUAGUUCCUCAGAAUGGGUUUCGUUGACUGCCUAGAAUUGGUCUCUUGUGUCUUUAAGUAGAAACAGAUGUUUGUGGCAGUGUCAUUCGCACUCAAACCUGGAAAAUUCAGGGAUGUUUACAUACAGGAAAGCAGUGUCUAAGGGUGCACAGGAAGUGUACUGAAUAGCACAGUUGAAGGGCCAGGCUGCGUGAAGUGUGCUGAAGAAAGAUUGGAAGAGUUCACUGUAGUUUCAAGAGCGCGAGCACAAGAGGAAACUCCUGAGAAAGACUGCAGUGAAAGCUACCUGUAAGGCAAAGAGCAAAAGGGCACAAUUCUUUCUCAAUUAAUGCUAGGUGUUUUUUAUUUCAAAACUUUAGAUCAAAGACAAAAUGUGUGGGGAGAGAGUCAGCAAAAAUGUCUGGCAUUGAAGGUAAGCUGGUGGCAGAUAGACUAGAAACACUAGGAGAUAAAGAGAGAGCCAAGAUGCUUGCGGACAAAGCAAGUGACCAGCAGAAAUGAGCAUCCUGAAGUGUCCUGAGGGACAGAAUAAUUCUAACAACGCAAGCCAUAAAAGAAAACAAGUGAUGUACCAAGGAGGAAACGCAGGGGGGGAGGGAGGGGCGGGGAAAAACAAGUGAAAGAAAUUGUUUAGCUUCUGUGUUGCGAUGCAUGUCAAACAACCAAGAUGACAACAAACUAAAACUUUCGGGGAAUAUGACAAUAUGACGAAAAAAUUAAAACUAUGUGUACAUUUAACAUAUGAGGUUAAGAGCUUGGGGAACAAUUUGUAAAAUGUGUGUAUUUUCAUUUUUAUUUUUUAUUUUUAUGAUAAUUAUAUUUAUUUUCUUUAUGUAUGUAUUGAAUAACUGUAUGUACAUGUUCAUUUAAUACUUAAUUCUGACUGUAAUUUAAUUUGAUUAGUUUAAAGCGUAAAUAUGAAAUAUUAAAAACAUGAUCAUUAAAAUAUGCUACUUGUAUGUGUACAUUUUGACAACAAAAACACUUGUGUUAUGAUUUAAAAGAAACCAUUACUGUUGAUGAGGAUGACAGUGAUUCAAAUUGAAAAUAAUGUCUGCAAAAUAAACAAUAAUGAUGAUGAAAAUCAAAUAAAAUAAAGUGUUCCUA